AUGUUCAGGUUUAUUUUUAUAAUUAUUAAAGAGCUUCUUAGAAGAAAUAAAUGUUGCGUAAGGUUCACGGCUUUUAUAUUUAUUUUUCUUAUCAUAUUAAUUGCUGUGUUAAGUGCAAGAGAGAAAUAUUCCAAAGAGACGGAAAAACUGUUAACUCUAAUUUUAUCAGAAGCAUUUGACUGUUGCAAUGCCGUUAAGAACGAACCUUUUAUUGCUUUAUCUUCUGAACAUCUUAUGCAAGCCAUUGCAUUACUUAAAUAUUUGAAUAAAGAAACAAUAUGUGGAAGAGAAAUGGGUGUUGAAACGAAGUUUGAUAUAAUAAAACCUUGGUCGUGGAAUUUUUGUGUCGAAGGCGAUUGUAAUAUCAAAGGAAAUUGCGUCUGUAACCAUUUUGUCACGGGUAAAAAAUGUAAUAUUUUUACUAAAAGUUGCUGGCUUUAUUACUGUGGUUUACAAGGAUGUGAGUCUCAACAAGUAGAAAAACAGACUUUAACUUGUUUUUGUAACAAUAGUCACUUACCAACUACAACAGGUAUAUUUUGGUAUGAUGGAGGACUGGAUACUGAAUACAUAGCUCCACACAGGAAAUCUAACAAACAAUUUACUGGAGUAUAUAUAAUUAAAACAAUUUUGUAUAGGCGUAAUUUGGAGAAAGCUGCCAAACAUUAUGGAAAUACAAAGGAAUUAUUCGAAAUGUUAAAAAUAUUGCUUCCUUACGAAGAAACAACCAGAAAAAUUACAAUGAAGGAAAUAAGUUUUCCCUACACCCUGUCAACAGAAAUGUCAUCUGAGGAAACUGAAACUAUAUUUACUACAGCAGAAAGUACUACUGAAGAAGACACUGAAAAUUUUAUAAAACAUUCUACACAAGAAUAUAAUAAUUUUCCUAGCGAGGAUGAUUAUAAAAAAGAAAACACGAACGAUACGUCUGAUGAAGAGUACUAUAAUUAUCCUAAUGGGAUAGGAAAUAGGAAGUUUUCUUCAAUUCUCAUGAUUUCAGCUUCUAUUUUAAUUUUAAAAUUAUAAAAUUAUGUACAUUAAAUAUUAUAAUUUAAAAAAAUAAAAUCAAAAUUUAUAUAUUGGCUUUAUACCGAGCAUCAAAAUGAUUUUUUUU